AAAUUUUAUUAUGUCCGCUGAUAACAAUUUGUGAUGGUGUCAAAAUACACAAACGAAAUUGGUAAUGUAUCGAAAAUGACUUGUAUUGCCAUAUGGUACUUGAAAACCAUUAUUUUGAGAAAUAAUUUACUGAAUUCUUGACCGGGAUAAUAAAUAAAAUGAGUUGAAAUGAAGAAGAGAUUCAGCUCCGCAGAUAUUAAUCAAAAACAUGGCAAUGAGCUAUCAAAAAAGUUAUAUAGAACUAUAACUGACCAAACCAAACGUUUGGAUGAUGCUAGAAGCUGUGCCAGAAGUAUAUGUGAUUUAUUCACACCAAAUCUAUUAAUCCAACGACGCAAAUUAUGUGAAUAUUGUGAACGUUUGAUAUUUUCUGAUCCAGCCCUAUAUGGUCGCAAAGGUGAAGAACUCCUUUGGCGUAAAGUUUUCUAUGAUACAGUUUCAGCUUCAAAGAAACUUAAGAAAAAUGUUUAUACACAGGAAGAGAUAUCCAACCUCGAGAAUCAUAUUUAUGCUGGCAUUGGGUUUUAUCAUCAAUUUAUUUCAAAACUUCAGACAAAUUACAAUUUAAGCCUCCCAAAUAUAAUUGAUUUCCCAAUUUGUGAGAAUGAUACCAUUCAAAAUGGAGAACUGAAAGAAUAUCAUCAAGAUUGGGCUGAAUUAGCAGUACAUCAGUGCUUGAUAUACUUAGGGGAUUUAAACAGAUACAAGCUGGAGAUUGCACCAAACACUGGUACCUCCUCACCAAUUCGCUUUUAUAUGCAAGCCAUAUCUUAUAAACCCGACUAUGGAAUGCCACAUAAUCAAAUGGGUACUCUUGCUUUGAGUCAAGAAAAUCAUUUAGACGCUGUUUAUCAUUAUAUGAGAUGUAUAGCUUGCAAAUAUUCCUUCGAUGGAACAUCGAAUAAUCUAAUUGCUUUAUUUGAGAAGAAUUCUCAUUACCUUGAGCAAUUGCCACAACAGAAUGAUAUUGCAGAUUGCAUAGUUUUGCUCCCAAAAAGUGAACAUGUGAAAAGAUUCAUUGCAAGAUUCCUCCUACUUAUUGACAUUUGGUAUUUCAAUAAGAACAUACCAAAAGUAUUCAAUCUUUGUCACUUGACUUUCAAGGAUUUAGAUGACUGCUUGUUAUACUCAAAACCAAGCAGUGAAAGUGGUGAAACACCUACAGAUGUAGAUUCCUCUGAGUCUGAAUAUGUGAACUCCCCCUCAUAUUUGAACAGCCAUGUUCUCUUCAAAGUGACUGUUAUCUGUCUAUUAUGUAUAUCUAAAUUGCAAUCUAGCAGUCCACAGCAAGUUUCAACUGUAACUGCUUUUACUUUGGCAGUUUACUCACAACUAAUCCAGAAAAUAACCAACCACAUUCAGGUAAGCGUUCUCAACUAUCCUUUAGCAGAAGUUGAUGUCUGUAAGAAGAAUAAGAAGAAACACUCUGGCAAGAAGCUGAGGAGACGCAGGAAGCUAAAAAAAGACCCCAGUGAAGAAUCUGAUUCUAGUGAUGAUGAUAUAUCCAUUUGUUCUUCGGACGGAUCCUUUAUUUCCGAUAAUGAAGAUAUUCUAGCCGAAUCCUCGGAAGAUGAGAUAGAAGUAACGGUACAGCCUAGUAGUGAUGUUCCCGACGAACACAAAGAACCUCCAGUCGAGACCGACAAGGCCCUUAUAGAUUCCAAACAAAAGGAGGAAGUAUCGAAAAAGGUACGGAAAAUGGAUGUGAACGAUAUGAUCGAGAUCAUUUCUGAAGAAGACUCACUGCAAAGCAUAAAAAUCUUGAAUGAUUGGUUGAUGAUCGAUUCGACUAUACUUAAGUCCUGCUGCACCAAUACACGAUCCCUGAUUCGGCAGAUCACUUUUCUGUUGAAUUUGGUGAACAUAGAUAUCACGGAAAAACAUUGUUCCACCAUAGGUGUAGACUUUAAUAAGGUGAAUGAAGAAGUUCCGCUACUUGAAGAUGUUAUCUUGAAAGGCUGGGACUUCUUUUCGGAUUCCCAGAGAAAACUCGAUUGGAGAAGACUGUCGAAAAAAGCUCUCACGGUAAAAGAAGAAGCAAUAGUUCGAAUCAUCAAAUUGAAAGCCUUUGGAAAGUACCUGAUGUCCAUUCCGGAAGCUGGCAUUACUUUUGACGCCAAAGAAAAAAUAUAUGUCUGUAAGACGGAUGAAAAAGAAAAACACACAGGUGAAGAAAUGAAUCCUAGAGAUUUUACGGAGAAUGCCGAAUCACCACCAUUGAUCAACGGAAAGAUAAGGGAAGAAUCUUCUCCUUCUCCGAACAACUCGAGAGGAGGCCAGCUGAUCAAGAUGAAACACAUGGGUCAGCUCUGGCUAGCUUCCGAGGUCAGUGCAUUGGAAAACAGAGUAAGGGGAAAGACGUCAUUGUCUCCUUAUUUGGUCAUAGACGCAGACGCCCUCACCAAGUACACAUUCAUGGUGAAAUAUUUGGUACAGUCAAGAAAAUUCAUUGUGCUUGUUCCAACAGCAGUUGUGUCGGCACUGGACGACCUGAAAAGGGAAAAACCAGAAGCUAGAGACGCAAUCCGUUGGCUCGAGACCCAAUUCCAGCGUGGAAAUCGCUUCUUCAGAUCCCAGCGGCCUCAGGAGAAGGCCUCGAUUCCCUUCAUCAAGUACCCGAAGAAGAAAGACAAGGAGAUGUUCAACUAUAUCCAGAUUAUCGAGUGUUGUUACUAUCUUUCCGAACAGCAGAAGGGAGCGAUGAACGUUGUCACAUUGUUGAUUGGAAACCAAAAUCUCUUGGCUAACGGCGAAAAUAGGGAAUUCAGUUAUGUGGGUCUUGCUAGAACGGCUGGAGUGACCAUCGAGUCGAUCACCCAAUUCUUCACCAAAUGGAAGAAGACAAGCAGGGAUAAUAGGUGAAGUUCGGCAGCUGAAUUCGGAAUUUGGUUAAUUUCUAACAGGUCCAAGAGAUUUGCUGUGACCAGCUAGCUGUAACGAGAGCCACGUUUUAAAAGUGAAUUAUUGUUUUAAUAUGGAAUAUUAAUAUUAAUAUCGAUAUUAUUUCACAGAAAGUGUGAUAAUUCUGAUAAUGUUUUCGGGGCGACUUUCUUUUAUGUAUUUUAGUUAUGUUGAGAAGUAAUAAACUCUUUCAGUUUUUUUUUUCA